GCCCGACAUUCCUUUCGUCAUGGCCACCGCGUCAGUUCACUCACUUAUAUCUAACGAGAAGCUGGGUGGAAGCAUCCCGGCUGUGCCUUCAUCACUGCAUAUUAUUCACCCCAUACCGCAGACCAGGUACGAAUCCGACGAGGAAGCAGAAUCAGAACUAGAUAUACCCGUUACCCGUGAAGAUCGGUUGUUCUCACCCCCAAAUGCAGACUGUGAUAUUGUGAUAGGCAGCCGUGGGACGACAGAUCACGCUGAAAGAGGUUUCGAGUUGACUAUGCCUCUAUCCGAAGAGCAACGGAAAAUGCAACAUGGACGACAGGGGACAACAGAUGUUCCCAACCGUUCGUCGCUCUACACUGUCAGGCGUAUAAGUGGGUUGACACUUCUGCCACCGUUGCAGACUUCCCCUGAACAAUUGCAGCAGCAUGAACAACAGAGAAACGCCAGCAGGUCAAGAAGUCCAUCCGCAACACCACGAAACCGAACAGAGAGACCGGCAACCAUGAUAUUCGAACAGGAGGAAUUCGAGGAUCCCGUCUACUCCGACCAUGCCUCGGAAUACGAUGCUGAUGUCUUCAAUGACAGUGACUUGGGUGAUGAUACGGACGUCGACAUCCAGGACGGAGGGCCAAUUCACGAGUCCUUCUUCGUUGCUACUCCGGUAACAUAUCAUCUGCCUAAGGGUAGGCCCAGCUUGGUCUCCAUCUCCCCUCCGCCAUCACGGUCAGGCCGCUCAUCUCAAACCCAGACCCAACGGCAGAUGGAAGAACAGAUUCCCCGGGCACAGAAGAAGCAGAAGAAGCAGAGCGGCCCGGCCUCUCUGGAGCGGCCAGAUGCGGGCCUCAAGCGGAAUUCUAGCACCAGCAGCAGCAUCAAGAGGAGUCUUCAGCAUUUAAAGGUCAAGAAGAGCGAUUCACGACGGGGUUCAGCGUACAUCUCUACUGAGCCUACUCCUAUACCACCAGUUGCUGCUAUGAAUGCAAGCACUAACACCUCUCCCAUGUCUACAACCUCACCUCCUGAUUCUGCAAAGUUCUUCACCGAGACCAAGAAACCAAAGAAGGCCUCUGACGGUCGACGACGCUCUCUCAUCCCCAAUCAGCUACGCAGCGGAAGACGGGAUCGAAACGCGUCUGAACAGCAGACCCCUCCACCAACCGAUACUGAAGCACCACUAUCACAGAGAAGUAAUAAUAAUAUUAAUACACAAAACGAACCCGAACAAACACAGGUCCAGGGCCAUCGACGACGAGCAACGGAGAAAUUACCGUCCUUUAAUAGAGUGGCAUGGACACCUGCCUCACCUCCAACGUCUCCCGAAUAUAAUAAUUCCGCACAAUCUAGUAAUAGUCACCCUCCAGCGUCGCAAAAAUUGCCUGUUUCUUCAACCCCCGAACCAGCACCGACUCUGGGACUACGCAAAACAAAGACCUUGCAGGUCCCGCCCCCUAAUAAUUCACUAGAGCAACUACCUGUUCCUCGCAAUCGAGCCCGCACCCGCUCCAUCAGCAGCAUUGCCAGCAAUGCUAGCAAAUUCAGCCUUCCAGCCUUUGAUAGCGCCUCCCUCAAGGCUAUUGCACAGAAGUACCAAAACCGAACGACCUCGCCAACGCCUUCAGGCACAUCUAACCUUCGACCAACUACUACUACUACUAUUCCCGACAGUGAUCGUCGUCCAUCGGACUGUGGCAGUACCAUGUCCGACCGACCGAGCGUUCCAUCAUCCCGCUACAACAAGUUCCUCCGAACAAUGUCAACCACAAACCUCAGCAUGCUUACAAGUGCACAAGACACGAUUGACGAAGACACCAUGGGCGGGCCCUACCAGAGCAAGUUCUCCAACAGCAGCCUCGGACGAAAAUCCAAGCGCUACUCGACUACCUCGAAGGCAAGCAUCAGCACCGGCCGGUCCAGCAGCACUAGUAGCAACAACAACAGCAACAGCACCAACACGCAUGUUCGAUCGAAGAGCAAAUGGUUCCAGGGUACCAGCGAGAGCAUGUCUAUUGCGGGAAACAAGCUCGGCUCCAUCCUCAAGAAGAAGUCCUUGGCCUUGCCAACGACCUCUUAAAAUUCACGAUUAUUUCAGUACACAGCUACUUAAUUGUUGUUUUGUGUUGUCUCAUUUUCUAUCCUUCUACACACAUAUACCCCCUACUUGUCUACUUUUCUUUGCAUCUCAUCUCUACCGGGAGAACAUAAAAAAUAGGAUCGGGAAUUCUGGUCGUGGGUGGGAUUUUGUCGUUUUCGUCUCGUCUUUGCUUUGCCCCUUUCUCUCUCUUUUACUAUCCCAUCCCUAAUGACCUGCUAAUGCCUUUUUCCUAUCUUUUUCGCCAUUUUGUUUUGAUAGCAUAUCCUUGCCUGGCUGCUUUGUUUCUUUUUUCUCUUCUAUCCUUCUCAUCGCUUCGUUCGUUUUCCUAUGUUGGGUUCUUCGGAUACACACUAUACACUGCAGUGCUUUGUUCUCCUUCUCUACAGUCAUUACCUCGUUUCCUUUGCACAUGAUGCACAUACAGCUGCUGAAUACCUGCUAUCCAUUUACCGGCAUUAUUCGACAUAAUCCACCAGAAAAUAGCUAGUUCUACUAAUAAGAUCGCCUUGACGCUACGUCAGUCAACGCAAGCUUGAUACUCCUCCGUCCACCCAUCCCCCCUUGUAACGCGGCAACCGAGGAUGCUUUCUCCACGCUGCCAUC